AUGUACUCCCAACAAGGGUUCGGCAAUAUGCCAGGAGGUGUGGGUGCUGGUUCGGGAGGCAUGGCCGGCUACGGGGGAGGUUUGGGUGGUGCCGCGGCUCCGGGAGGUGGUGGUGGUGGUUCGGGCGGUUUCGGUCCGGGUGGUGCUGGUGCGGGUGCUCCUGGGGGCGGUGCAGCUGGCGCGGGUGGACCUCCGGGCGUUGGUGGCGUGGGUUCGAUUCCCGCUGGCGGCGCUGGCGCGGGUUCGGGUUUCCCUGCGGGCGCAGCACCCCCGGGCGCGCAGGGCAUGGGCGGAAUGGGCGCAGCGGACGCGGCCGCGCUCGCCAACAUGAAUUUGAUGAUGAUGGCGGGGAUGGGGGGCAUGGGCGGAAUGGGCGCAAUGGGCGCAAUGGGCGGGAUGGGGGGAAUGCAAGGAAUGGCGGGGAUGGGGGGCAUGCCGGGAAUGGGGGGAAUGGCGGGGAUGGGGGGAAUGGGCGGGAUGGGGGCCCCGGGCGGGGCGAUGAUGGGCGCGGGCGGGAUGGGGAUGAUGGGCGGGGGUCCGGGGGCGGGGAUGGGGGGGGGCGCGGGGAUGAUGGGCGGGGGGCGCGCAGGUGCGCGGCAGAUCCCGGUGGUGAAGCUGCGCGGGCUGCCGUUCCGCGUGGAGGAGGGGGACGUGGCGGACUUCUUUGCGGGGCUGGAGAUCGUCGACAUUCUAUUCGUUCGCAAGGAGCAUCGCCUCGUGGGGGAAGCGUUUGUACUCUUCGCCUCCACGUUACACUCCGAGCUCGCACUACAGCGCAACAAGAUGCACAUGGGGCGGCGGUACAUCGAGGUGUUUCGCGCCAAGAAGGCGGAGUUUUAUAACGCCAUAGCCAAUGAGGUGGCUCAGGACGGGGGGACCUACCACGGCGGAGGGCAAGAGGAGAGAGGGGGGCGUGGAGCACGUGGGUACGGGGGGGAGGGCAUGGGGGGAGGAGGACAUGCGCAUGCAGCCUAUGGGGGAGGCGGAGGGGGAGGGGGAGGGCGAGGAGGCGAGGGGGGGAUAGGGCCGGCAGCGCGGGAAUCGAGUAUUGUGAAGAUGAGAGGUCUGCCGUUCUCCGCCACUACUAAGGACAUCCUCGAAUUCUUUGGAGAGUAUCCCCUGGCAGACGCAGCAGUGCACAUCAUCACCAACAGCAUCGGCCGCCUCACAGGGGAGGCGUUUGUGGAGUUUGGCUCUGCGGACGAGGCGAGAGCAGCGCUGGGGAAGGACCGCGAGCGCAUGGGCUCGAGAUACAUCGAGCUGUAUCUGUCGUCGCGGGAUGAGGCCACAAGGAUAGCCACUAGGGCCAGCACGCAGAGAUGA